UUCUCUCUUUGACUGUCUCUCUCUACCUGUCUUUCUCUCUACUUGUCUCUACCUGUCUCUCUCUACUUGUCUCUCUCCACCUAUGGUAAAAACCCCAACAUAGGUGAUAUGUAACUUUUAAUAAGAUAACUCUUAUCACUGCAACCAGGAGUGACUCAGAAGAAAAGAGCGGACAGUGAGAAUACACACUCUCACACAAACACACACACACAUUCUCACACAAACAAACACACACACACAUAUUCUCACACACACUCACGCACACACAUAUAUACACACUUAAGCAAGGAGAAUCAGAAAAUGCUAGAAUACACAGACUCACGAAAAGGGGAGGCAAAUACACCUGCUCAAUAAAUACACACAGUCUGACUGAAGCACAUUCGCACACACUCUGAAGCACAUCCGCACAUACUUGAACUCCACUUAGUCAAGGUCUGGACCCCACCUCUUCUCACAGCUGUGCAGAGCUCCUGUCUGCUGCCAUGACGUCCUCCCUCCUCUGGGUGGCGCUGUGUCUUCUCCUCCCAAGCCCCUUCAGGGCCUUCAAACCCCUCUUCUCCCUGGACGGGGAGUCCCUGACCCACCGUCAGAUCACGGUGAGGGCCGUCCUGCGGAAGACAGCGGAGGCCUGCCAAUCCCUCGCCACGGCCGAGGGGCGGGGCUUCAGCCUGACGAUUGAUGACAGCCUGACGGUGACUAAGGUUCAGAGUGCGUGUUCCUCCGACGGCUCAGCCCUCCUUUCCUUCACCGCGUUCCACACCGCCGUAGCCAAACUGUAUUUUAGCAACGCGCUUGUGGAUGUUGCCAUGGCGCUGAGUGAAAAGCACCACUUUGAUGACGAGGCGUUCUCGGGAGGCCGUGAUGUCAUAACCUCAGGAGUAUCUGCCGUGAAGGAGAGUGUGAAAGCUCAGCGUUUCCUCUCAGGCAGACUGGUUCUGGGAUGGGUCUGUCACACACUGCAGGAUUUUUACAGUCACAGUAACUGGGUGGAGCUGGGAAACAGGGUCCCUUACACAACCCUCAUACGACCUGACCUUCCUCUCACCAACCUGGCAGAUCCCAGUACUCCGACUUGUAGGAACUGUGUGGCAGGAAACUGUAAUGACAACAUCCUGUCUGAGGUUCUACAGCAGGGCCUGCUCACCUCUGGGUACUUCAACCUUCUGUUCUCCGCCAAGCCUGCAGGUAAAUGCAGUCACGGGGGCUCGUUCGACCAGACCAGUGGUCAGGAUGCGGUGGGAGGGAUUAACAAGGAUGACGUGGGUGCAAGUCAUGGUCACAUGCACCAGGUGGCAGCAGAGGUGGCGGUUGCCGCUACGACAGAGCUGCUAGAGGACAUCAGGGCCUUCGCUGGUGACCGAGGCUUCCUACGUCUGAUGGGCCUAUCCCAGUCCUCGGUGUUGUGUUUCGUCAUCGACACCACAGGCAGCAUGAAGGAUGACAUCGCAGAGGCCAAGCGUGUCUCCUUCUCCAUCAUCGACAGCAAGAGAGGAAGCCAGCAGGAGCCCUCCGCCUACAUCCUGGUGCCCUUCAACGACCCUGGUUUUGGCCCUUUAUUAACGACCACAGAUGCCGACAUUUUCAAGCAGAAGAUCAAUGAGCUGCAAGCAAAAGGCGGAGGGGACAUACCAGAGUUAUGUCUGUCUGGACUACAGGUCCUUGCCCUCACGGGGGCACCCCCGUCUUCUGAGAUCUUUGUGGUUCGGGAUGCUCCGGCCAAAGACGCCGCCUUGAAGAGCACAGUCCCUGCCCUCAUAGAGAGCACCAAGUCUGUGGUGACCUUCAUGUUGACCGACAAUCUCCGCUCCAGUCGCCGGCGUCGUAGGGACACGGUGGGCGGGACUUCCAACCGUCUGCCCGAAUCGGAUGCCCAGCUGUACCGGGACCUGGCCCGGGCCUCAGGAGGGCAGGCCAUUGAGGUCACAAAGGCCGAACUCCCCCAGGCCACCAGCGUCAUCCAGGACGCCUCCGGCAACGCUCUGGUGACAGUACUCCAGGUCUCCAGAACACCAGGAAAGCCUGAGAACUUCACCUUCACUGUGGACAGCUCCAUUCAAAACCUGACCGUCUACAUUACUGGAGGAUCCCUGUCGUUCGCCAUGAGCAGCCCAACAGGUGUGUCUCAGAACAGCCAGACCAGCGGUCCUUUGGGUACCAUGGAAACCGUGGGAAACCUUCGCCGCAUCAGCCUCAACAGCGCCAACCAGACAGGAUCAUGGGAAAUCAGAAUCAUCUCAACAGAACCCUAUACACUGAAGGUCAUAGGCCAGAGCUCUUUUAAUUUCAUCUACAGUUUUGUGGAGGCAGCAAACCCUGGAGCUCAUGGGGACUUCAGUCUGAAAGAGGGACGCCCCCUCUCAGGCGCCAAUGCCAGCCUGUUGGUGACGGUGACAGGAAGUGACACGGCCACUGUGUCAGAGGUCUCCCUGGUGGAUGCCUCAGGGUCACGAGAGGUCAACGGAACCCUGAGGUCGCUAGGGGAAGGCAGCUUCCUGGUAACGCUCGCGGAUGUUCCGGAAGGAGAGUUUGUGGUGCGCCUGAGGGGGGAAGACAGCGCCCCCUCCAGGUCACAGACAGGUGGUGGCUUCCAGAGACAGGCCUCCACACAAGUCAAGACCUCCAGCUUCUCUGUCACUGCUGUGUCCAACUCCACGGUUCUAGAACCCGGUUCCACUGUCUCCCUCCGUUUCACGGUGACGGCCGCCAACGGAACCAGUGGAACGUUUGCCGUCCGCGCCACCAACGAUCGCGGCUUCGUCUCCGCCUCCCCGGCCACCGUCACCAUGACAACCGGCGGAACGGCCGAGGGCACGGUGACCCUGACAGCACCCGCGUCAACCGCCUCGGGAACGGACAUCACCGUGACGAUUGAGAUGGAGAACACUGGGACGUCAGACACCAACUACGCCGUCCUACAACUCUCCGUGGUCACCAAGAUCACAGACUUUACCCCUCCCCAGUGCCAGGCAGUUACCGUAUCGGCUUCCAACUGCCCCGUUGUCUGUAGCCAUGGCGACGCCAUCUGGGAGCUCUCCGCUAACGUCACCGAUGGUAACGGCACCGGUGUGGACCGGGUCACCCUCCGCCUCGGCAACGGGACCCUCAAUACCAGCACGGCGACCGGGGCCGGGGGGGAAAACGUCACGGUGGUGUCCUACACCGCCCCCUGCUGCUCCGACGCGGUGGAGCUCGUGGUCAUCGAUCGGGCAGGGAAUGUCGGCAGGUGCGCGGCCUCAAUCGGCAAAGCCGUUACCGCGACGACGCUCGCCAUUACAUCGGCUCCCGGCGCCAAUGUCACAGGCAGCCCUGUAGUUGCCAUAACAUCCUCUGGGGGGCGCUGUGCCUCGCUGUCCCUGGGGCUGGGGCUGGGUGUCGCGUUCUGUCUGCUCCUAGGGGGUCUACUAUAAAGAAGACUUGGGGAAGAGCUCGUCUCUGUUGCUGAUGAAAUCAUGGUAGUGGCCACGAGGGGAGUUUACAUGUCCAGCACCCACAAAUUUCUGAUUUCUUACAAUGUUUUUAUAUAUACGGUGUGUAUAUGUAUAGUCAUCAAUCAUCAUGUAUAAUCAUCCAAACUAAUUCUGGUUUUCGCUCUUGGUUGAAAUUAAUAUGGAUACAAUUUUGCCACCGUGUAAGUCGUUAUACUGGCCCCAUGCCGAAGAUGUGAUAAGGAUACGGCGCUUGUUAUGUGUAAAGCAACGUUUUGAAGGAUUUAUGGAUUUGGGUAAAAAUCAAUAAAGAUGGAACUGUGGUGUACGCAUCUUCGUCUGACUUUGGUGUUAAAUUAAUAUUGUGAAUGUGAUGUAGCCUAUUGAUACAGUUCACAAAGCGAAAAAGGCAAAAACUGUAAGCAUGAUCGAAUUUAGCUUUAAAACAUGGGUUAUUAUGUAUACAUAUAUAUUCAAAAUAUGUACCGCGUAUCACUAUGUCUAUGUGACUUUUUUUUCUUUCUGCCUCUGUUGUUCUUCCUCUUUUUCGGAACUGUUAGCAGGGUGACUACUCACCCUAACCAAAGAACUUACAUUGACAUUGCUUAUAUACUCUUUGCUUCAACCACUUGAAGUCCUCACAUCUCCACUCAGCACGGCAACCAUA